CGGACUCCUUUUCUGUACAUUAAAACCACUGUGCGUCUAGUAAUUUCAUGGGAAAUGUAGGCUACAUGUUAGGCAGUUUGCAUGGGUUCUCGUGGAGACACUUGCCUGCUCACUUUUAAGUCACUCAUCAACCAGGUACUUAAAAAGACUCAAUUACUAUGCACUUUACACGGCCUACCAUUAGGCUACAAACUCGACGAGUUAACAUUUGACAUUCUAAAUAGGCAUAAGUGGGGAAUUAGUCUAAGUUCGAGGGCGAGGGGGUAUCUCUUUUUCUUAAUGUCAUUAAUGGCUGACAGGAGAAACAGGUCUAGACCUCGGUGCUGUAGACGAUCUUUGUUACCGGUGUCUACUUAACAUGAAGUUCGGUUCAUAGUUCACAAACCUAACGUGACUCAGGUUUAGAUACUAGCUGCUGUCUCUUAGCGUGCCGGGUACCAUAUUUACGCGGCUGUGUAUUUUAUCAUAAAUAGAGAGAGACUACAGUAAAUAAGUGAAUUCCUGGAUGGGCAUUAAUGGAUUUAAUAACACGGACGGACUCGUUGGAAACAUGACGCAACACCACUCACCGCCUGCUAACAGCUAACUUGCGUUGCUAGUUAACAACUAAUGCUGUGAACCAUUUGUUAGACUGAUAUUGCAACCUUACCGGACAAUCGUUUACUGCGUUGUGACAAAAUUGAACUUGCUAUUGUAGAGCUACCUCACAUUCCCCCCCGUAGCUACGAGCUACGUAAGACCGGAAGUACUCCCCUUCAAAAUAAAAGUAGGUGUCAAGAAAUUACUUAAGUCAUUCCUGUACCUUCUGAGUGUGUUGUGUGUAUCACACUAUAUGUCCACUUGUGAGCGGCUAGAGUCUUUAUUAUUAUAAUUAUUAAUAAUAUUAUUAUUAUUACCUAGUUUAACACUCAUAGUACUUAUGAGAACUUUCUGAAUAACUAUCCUGAUAAGCAGCAUGGGCAUCAGAGUAGCUGUGAGCUGCACUGUGUUGUAUACCCUACUAGACCUGGUUGUCACCACUGUUGUGUACACACACGGAUCAAACUUGAGCAUAUUCGUAAAGGAUGCCCUGAACUUUAACAUCCUCCAGUCAGUAUUGGACCUUUGGGGGACUGUGCUGCUCAGAGCCUCUCUCCUGCUAGGAGCCUCCAUAGGGGUUUCAUGGAAUAGAAAAGACGGCCCACCGAGGGUCGCAAAACUCACCACCCUCAUUGUCCUCCACUGCCUUAUUGUUGCCACCUACGCCCUGGCAAAGCUGCUGAUGCUGAGCGAGCUGGGGCCUCUGAGCCACCAGCCCUGGAUCCUGAGCCUGAUAUGUUGGACUUGUGCCUCUUCUCUGGGUGUUCUGCUGCUCUGGAGACUGCUGGGGAAGGAGGCCAACUCGGCCAGCAGUCACAACAACAGCUGCAGCAGUGGAGAAGGGGGCUCCCAGGACACUGACAAGCUGGUGGAGACAGCUGGUGAGGAGGAGCAAGAGGUAGGGUUUGAGAGGAAAAAGAAUGAGAAGGAGGAGGAGGAGGAGGAGGAGGGAAGCCAGGAGAAGGAGAAGACCAGCUCUGGGGCUACACUGGGACGUCUGCUGCUCUACUGCAGAAAGGAUGGUGGGCUGCUCUCUGUAGCGGUCCUCUUUCUCAUCAUCUCAGCUGUGUGUGAGGCCUUUAUACCGUACUACUAUGGGAAAGCAAUAGACAGCAUUGUGGUACACCGGAGCAUGGAGCACUUCGCUAAGCCUGUGAUCACACUGUCGGUGCUGGCUAUUUCCAGUUCCCUUGCAAUGGGAGUACGUGGAGGAGUCUUCACUCUGACGAUAGCAAAAUUAAACCUUCGGCUUAGGAACCAUCUCUUCAGAACUCUGAUGAGGCAGGAAAUUGGCUUUUUUGAUGAAAACCAUACAGGUGACAUCCUUUCACGUCUGUCAGCUGACACCACCCAGGUGAGUGACCUGCUUUCCCUGAAUAUCAACAUCUUCCUGCGGAGCACCAUCAAGGGCAUUGGUGUCUUCAUCUUCAUGUUUGGGAUGUCGUGGAAGCUCACACUGGUGGCCAUCAUGGGAUUCCCUUUCAUUGCCGUUGUCUCUAAACUUUAUGGCAAUUACUACAAGAAAUUGACCAAAGAGGUGCAAACAAUCCUUGCAGAUGCCAAUAAAGUUGCAGAGGAAACCAUUUCAUCCAUGAGGACAGUACGGAGCUUUGCCAACGAAUGUGGGGAGGCCGAGUCCUACUAUGUCAAACUUUUGGUCAUGUUCCAGCUCAACAAAAAACAAGCCCUGGCCUAUGCUGGCUACAUGUGGUCCAGUAGUAUCUCAGAGCUUGCUUUAGAGGUUUCUGUGCUCUACUAUGGCGGCCACCUUGUAAUAACCGGUCAGAUGAGUAGCGGUGCCUUGAUAUCUUUUUUCAUAUACAUGCUGGAACUGGGAGAAUGUCUUCAGAAUAUUGCUUCGGUGUACACGGGCCUCAUGCAGGGAGUUGGAGCAGCGGAGAAGGUUUUCGAGUACUUGGACAGGAAACCCAAACACCCAGCUGAUGGAACAGAGGCUCCAGACACAUGCACCGGUGUGGUGGAAUUUAAAGAUAUCAAGUUUGCCUACCCAACACGCCCUGAGAUGGAGAUUCUCAAGGGAGUGUCAUUCACUUUGCGGCCUGGAGAGGUGACCGCCCUUGUGGGUCCUUCAGGCAGUGGAAAGAGCUCCUGCGUGAGUCUGUUGGAAAACUUCUACCUUCCUCAGCAAGGCCAAGUGCUGCUGGAUGGAAAGCCCAUACACACCUUCCAGCAUGACUACCUCCACUCCAAGGUAGCUCUUGUGGGCCAGGAGCCUGUGCUGUUUGCCCGGACGGUAGAGGAGAACAUCACCUAUGGCCUGACUGACGUCCCAAUGGAGACUGUGGUGCAGGCUGCCAUCAAGGCGAAUGCCCACGAUUUUAUCACUUCCCUCCCUACAGGCUAUGGAACAAGUGUUGGAGAGAAAGGCACCCAGUUGUCAGGGGGGCAGAAACAAAGGGUGGCCAUUGCAAGAGCUCUCAUCCGCAACCCUCGUGUUCUUAUCCUGGACGAGGCCACCAGCGCCCUAGAUGCAGAGAGUGAACACAUUGUUCAGAACGCUCUUAACAACGUCAUGCAGGAGCGCACUGUGUUGGUGAUCGCCCAUCGGCUCAGCACUGUGGAGAAGGCAGACAACAUCAUUGUGAUCGACAGGGGCCAUGUGGCUGAACAGGGGUCUCACAGUCAGCUGAUGGCCAGUGGGGGGCUUUACUAUAAGCUGGUGCAGAGGCAGGUGCUGGGCAUGGAGACCGGGACGGAGGUCCUCAACAAAUCCGAAACACUAAGCUGGAAGUCUGAUGGUGGAAGGCAGAGAAAAAGGCAAAGCAGCAGUGGCAGUGAGUCUGAACACAAUUUGCGCUACUGAGAAUGAACUGUAGGGUGUGGAAAUGGGAAAGGACUGUUGGAAGGGUUGAUUCCUUUUGUAUAUUCUGGGAUUCAAACCAUAUGUACUGUAUAAACUAUUUUGUGUACAAAUUCAGAAGUGUGAAGUCCCCUCACUGAAAUCCAGGAGCUUGAUGUAUUUUAUUGUAAUUUGAUGUCCUGUCAGAAACAGGACCAGGUUGAGAUCCAGUUAUAGACGAACUGAGAGGUAUUAUGAAGUAAAAAAUAUAGUUGAAUGUCUUAAAAAUUAUCAUAGAGCAGUGAUUCCCAACCAGGUGUACUUGUACCCAGGUAGAGACGUUUUGAUACCAUGUCCUUCCCAAAACUGAUUUUGUUACCUGAACUGAACCUGGCCGAUACCAAGUACCGAUCCGAUACCAGUGUGUUAAGAAAUAUAUAUUUACUGUGUGUGUGUGUGU